AUGCAUGAAGGUGGGUUAAGAGACGAUCAAGGAGGAAUCUUGGAAAGGCGAAGCGAUGUGUUAUCUCACUAUGGACCAAUCCUUACAGAGAGACAUCAUCCAAGACACCACGAAUCGAGACAACAUGAGGAAGAGGAGGACGAACCCAAGUUCAUGCAUGAAGGUGGGUUAAGAGACGAUCAAGGAGGAAUCUUGGAAAGGCGAAGCGAUGUGUUAUCUCACUAUGACUCAUUCCUUACAGAGAGGCACCACAGGAAACAUCACGAAGGAAGAGAACAUGAGGAAGAGGAAGAAGAACCCAAGUUCAUGCAUGAAGAGAGACACCAUAGGAAACAUCACGAAAAACGAGAGCAUGAGGAGGAGGAGGAAGAACCCAAAUUAAUGCAUGAUGGUAGGCGGAGAAAUGACCAACGAGAAAUCUUGAGAGGAAAAAGCGAUAUGUCAUCUCACAAAAACUCAGUCCUUCCAGAGAGCCACCUCAGAAAACAUCACGAAAAACGAGAACACCACGAUGAGAAAGAUGAUUCGCUCAAAAUGCACAGAGGACAGUACCGCUGGGGUCGUCGCGGAAAACGAGAACACGUCGAAGCUGAAGAAAGUGCUUUGGAAAUACAGUGA